UAUAGACUGUCCUCAUCACGUCGCACUUUCAUUCAUAUUUCAAUAUGGCUCGACAUGUGCUUGCCCUCCUCCUGCUGGCGUCAAACACUCUCCUGGUUGUUCCACAAGCUGUACAGAAUUGUUCUGAGAGUGAUUUACCUCGCGACUGCCAUGACUUGCUUGAUGCGGGCAACACAAAUAAUGGAGUAUACACCAUAUACCUAAACAAGAGAUAUGGCGUCCGAGUCUGGUGUGACAUGGAAACGGAUGGAGGAGGAUGGACGGUUUUUCAAAAACGAGUUAAUGGAUCGACUGAUUUCUACAGGACAUGGGAUGAGUAUUCUCUAGGAUUUGGAAGGCUUGACCACGAGUUCUGGCUUGGGAACCAGUAUCUCCAUUACCUCACUUCGUCUGACUGGUAUAUGUUGAGAGUGGAUAUCGAAGAUUUUGACAACAACACACGUUAUUCCCAUUACAACAUAUUUUCCGUUGGGAGUGCAGAAGGUCAAUAUAGAGCUUAUGUCGCUGGGUAUACAGGAGAUUCAGGAGAUGAUAUGUCAUUAUGUAGUGGUUACCGAUUUAGCGCGAAGGACAGGGAUUAUGAUGCCAAUUCCGGUUUUGAUUGCGCAAAAGGCUACCGUGGUGGAUGGUGGUACGCGGCAUGUCAUAGGGCAAAUCUAAACGGUCUCUAUCUCCGAGGGCACACAACCUCCUAUGCCAAUGGCGUUGUUACGUUUAGUUUUAGAGGAUUUUAUUACUCUUUGAAAACUACAAAAAUGAUGGUAAGAAGGGGAUGGCGUCCGCCCCAAAGCCAGGCUCUGAGCCCAUAACCACAAUCAACAUCUGAAUCCUUGAACUAAACAAAAACUUAUCUUUUGACCAGUUUGUACCCGUUGCGCUGGCUUUGUAUAACUUCACAAACAUUAUCGUGAGACGUGUUGUAUCUAUAUACCUGUCUUUAUCAUAACUAUUUGGCUACACUUCAUCUUUCAAUUAUCGCUACGAAGACAAUAACUCAACGACAUGAAGUUAGAUACUUAUGACGUCAUUAUAGCGUUUCCAAAAUAACACUGCGCUCAUCUAUAUGCUAUUUGCAUGUGUGUCAUAUUUCUGUUGAUUGAAUGACAAUAUUGUACUGCAGAUGGCCUAUUUCUUUAAUAAUGGAAUCACGUAGUUAUCAAUAUAAGCAAACAGUCGCAUUAUGUAACUUUCAUAUACUGUUAAUGAAUAAACUCAAAUGUUUAUAUAUAAAUAAU